UUCAAAUCCGCUGUGGUGGUCGGGGAGCCGAGGUGCCGAGCGUCGGGUCCUGCUUCGCGGGCUGCAGGGAUCUGAAAGGACUAGGAGACUGGACCAGGCACAUGGCAUCGCAGUGGCAGAGUGUGAGGGCCUCCUUGCGCAGGCAAUCACUUCUGAAGGAAGAGCAUCAGAAGGAGGUGGCUCGAUCCUCCGCGGGUCAUCUGGAGACAUCCAUGCAUCCCCUGGGAUCCCUGUGCAGACAGUUCCAAAGGAGGCUGCCCCUGAGAGCUGUCAGCCUCAACCUUGGGACUGGCCCCUCUUGGAAACGCCUAGAAGCCCCAGAGCCCGAACAGCAGGGCCUCCAGGCUGCAGCUCGCUCAGCUAAGAGUGCCUUGGGUGCCAUGUCCCAGAGGAUUCAGGAGUCUUGUCAGAGUGGCACCAAGUGGCUGAUGGAUACUCAGGUGAUAGCCAGGAGAAGGAAGAGAGGGGUGCAGAAGGACAGAGGCUCCCCACCACCCAGCCCAAGCCAGAAGAACACUCGGCUGUGUAGGGUCACCAGGAACCUCCAGGAAGGGGGGCAUUCCCGCCUGUCUGCCCACCCACGGCGCCGGCUGAGGAAAGAGGCUGCCCUGCAGAGUCCCUGCUCUUCAACAGAGCCCCUCUGCACUCCCAGUGAGUCAGACAGCGACCUAGAGCUGGUGGGGGCAGGAAUCCAGCAUCUCCAGAAGCUGUCUCGAAAACUGGACGAAGCCAUUGUGGCUGAAGAGAGUCCUUAGGCACGGCUCUGCAGGCCCGUGUCUGUCCAGUGGCCAUGUUCCCACCACGCGUCCAGGCUGUGGUCCUGUCUAGCCUCGGAGGCCUUCAGAGCUCGCAGCACCCCACCUCAUCAACCCUCCCCCUCCUCCAUCCCUAGUGGCAACACGACCGCCGCCCUCAUCCGUGACUGAGGACAGCACUCUUCAGGUCAUGCCCCCUCCAAAAUGUCUUCCUCAGUCUCCUCCACCUCCUUUGCAUGGUUUUGGAGAAACCCACAGGCUGGGUGGGCACAGCAGAGUAGGAAGCGUCCCCGUCUUCUACGUGCUUGGAGUUAAGGCUGCUCACCUCACUGCUCCAUCACUCCUUGAGCAAGCUGGGACGCUCCAGGACUGAGACCCACCUCCCAGCCCACUUCAGGGACAAGCUACGAUGUCCUACCUCCCCUCUCUUAUAGAAAACAAGUCCUGUCCUACCAAGCCACCAAGAUAUCUGUGCUAUCCACCCCGUGAGCUUCUGGGAGGAGACAGCAGUCAUCAGCACCUGUAGUCAACACUAACAAGAAUUUGACUAACACAGCCUACAGCACUUCUGCUUCAGCCAAAUCUGGCCCCACCAGUGACCACUGGCCACUGCCUGAGAGUGAUUUGGGGAGACCUUGGAGAGGCAAGGAAAAUCAUCCCUGCUCUCCCAGGGGACUUUUGAACCUAGACAUUCAUCCCACACUCGAGUCUCACCAUUGCCCCACCCAUGAUGAGAAGUUACCAGAAGAUGCCAGAAAGCCCUGAGACCAUAGCUAGGACCCUGCAGGGGUCAUCCAUGAGCCUCACCUGUGAAUCUCCAGUGCAGAGGCUUGAAGGUCCAUUUCCACCCCUGCUCCCCCACCAGGGUUCCAGAGGACAGGAGAAGAAAUGUUUGCGGACUGUAUGACCUCAGCUCUUGGAGCUGUUUAUGCAGUCUGUGUGGGCUACAUGGGCAUGCAGGGAGGGGACUCUGUUCAAGAGCAGUUUCUGCCCUUUGUGAAUUAUGAAACCAAUGUGUCAGUUUCCUAGAUCACACUGAUUUUUCCUAAUAAAGACUCAUUUCCCACA